AUGACACCUUCAACCCGAAGCUCAGCAGUCAAGUAUGGCCACAUUGACCUUGGAUCGGAAUUCUUCUUCGAAAACAUGGAUCAGGAUUCGGACGUCGAGAUGACGAUAGAGGAGGACGACCUCAUCACUACGAAUGUACCCUCGAUGGAUCAUGGCCGUCUGAGUAACGUCUACGAGGACCGUAUGAUUAUCGCUAUCGACUUCGGUACAACAUUCAGCUCUGUUGCAUACACCGUUAUACCGAGAGGCGCCUCACCAGAGAACGUGGACAUCAGUCAUGUGAGAUGCAUUGGCAACUACCCAGGCUACGAACCCCCACCUGGUAAACUAGAUUUUCGAGAAGAUGUGCCAACUGAGUUGUGGUACGAUCAUGGACGCACAGGAAGUGGGGGACAGCGAUUUGCCAACACAUCCGACGAUGACCAUCAAAGCUGCGUGAGCGAUGACGAAGUGUCAAGCAGCGACGAUGAUGAAUCCGAGGAUGAGGAGUCACGAUUGCAAUUCGAGGAUAGCAAUGGAAUCGAGGACCUUGCCAAAACACAAACUAGAUCCACAGGACCGAGCAAAGCAAAGCAAUACUGGGGUUACGAGGUCCAGCAAAAGCUCAACGUCUUGAAUGCCCCUCUUGAUGAGGCUCGGCCACUCACCAGAAUCAAACUCAACCUUGUUUCGAAAAGCGCGACUGAUCACAUUCGGGACGAACUCCGGUCCACUCUGACAGCACUGAGGAAACGGGGUAUCAUCGAUAAGGACACAGAUAUUUACAGGCAUUAUCUAACGCACCUGCUAAACCACACAAAGGAACAACUACUUUCUUCGCAUGAGCUCCAACAGAACAUGCUUAUCGAGUUUGUGUUGUGUGUGCCAGCUAAAUGGCCUGUCACUGCAUGUCGAGUUAUGCAGACGGCACUAGAGGAGGCUGUAAAGGAAGUCGGUCUCAGCAAAAAUGCCGAGGACGACGUUUGUAACUUGUUCAUGAUCUCGGAGCCAGAGGCUGCUGCUGAGUGUAUCCUUGCAGAGGCAGGAUGUAGACUCUAUAGCAAUGAGACAGCUGUGAUCCUCGAUGCGGGAGGAGGCACAGUGGAUGCUGUGACAUACAGAUGCGUGAACAGCGAUCCUGUGCGGUUGGCUGAGGAGGUCAUUGCCCCCGAUAGUCAAUUACUUGGGGCAAGCUUCAUCAACGAACGAUUUGAGCAAAAACUACUCCAGAAGCUCGCGAACGAGAAAUACCUGGUCAAUGACGUACACAAUCCGAAGACAUUGAGAAGCAUCGUGGGAAUCAGAACGACUAUCUUCGAGAAUUAUCAAAAGCGGAUCAUCGAUAUCACCAAGCGAAAAGAAGAAACAUACAUAGUACAUAUCGAGAAUCUCAGAGAGAAUCAGAAAAAAGGCUUCUAUCAAAACAACCUAGAACUGAAGAGGAAAACAAUGAAGAAGUUCUUCCAGCCAUCGCUAGACUGUGCGAAGGAAGUUCUGGAGAACCAACUGGAGCUUGCAGAGAACAAGAAUCGACAAGUCGAGAAGGUCAUUUUAACCGGCGGGUUUGGUCAAUCGCCUUCACUCCAAAGUCACCUGAGAAACUACCUUGCGAAACGUGCAGAUUGUAAGGGAGCGAAAAUUGAUCUCAUCGUCCCACGAAGCCCAUCAACCGCAGUAGCUAGAGGCGCGGUCCUCCGAGCACUGAACAAAAGAUUUGGACCAAGCCGCAUUACACAAUGCAGCUACGGGUUUCUCUUCAGUGAAUCGUACGAUCCUGAGAACAUACCAGAGCACAGGGGAACAACAUGCCGAAUCAACCGCGUUGACGGCGAACGAUAUGUUGACGAGACUAUCCGGUGGGUCUUACAAGCAGGUGAAAGGGUGGAGAACAUGCAAGCCUUCACUUUCCACGUCAAGCAUACUUUUCCCUUGACAAGAAAGAAGUUGUUGAGCGCUGAACAGCUUUGGAUGUGUGACGAACCGAGACCAGAUCAUUACAGAAAAACGAACAUUAAGAACAAAGGUGGCGUCGACUCGCAAUGCUCAUACGAAGCUAACAUCAGGGCAGGAGCUGUCAUGGUCGGCUUUCUCCAGACCGAUUUGACAAGAUUGAAAGAUGAAGGUCGUAUUGUGCCGCAGUACCCAUCUGAAGUUAGCAUACACAAAGGAUCUAAGAGAUGCUUCUGGGAAGUCGAUUACGAAGUUGCGUUGAUCGUCGAAGGAAGAAGUAUCCGCUUCGAGGCAAGGUAUCCUGUGAAGGGUGCCUUGGGCCCAGGAGAACAACAGGAAGUACUUGGGGUUAAGCUCGUUGGUAUAGCAGCAGCGUUUGCACCAGGUACCGCAUGA